CGGGAUUCAAAAUGGCAGUCUCGUCGGAAGAGCUCACGAUUAAAGCGACUUCAGGAUCACCUUAUCAAUUAAAUAAUGAGCAGGUGAUUCGAGCUUCCACGGCACUACUACGGCACAUCAAAAGCGAGGAGAAGAAGAAAGCAGAGGAAUCAACGGUGAAGAAAUUACCAAUCGAUGGCGACAGUGACUCUGAAGGCGAAGAAGUAUCCGGCGAGGACGUACCCGUUUGGCUUAUUCUCACCACUAAGAAGCACAUCGUCGACAAGAACCGCCUAAAGCCAGGAAAAAUUCCUGUGCCGCAUUCUUUGAAUACAUCAUCCUCGCUCAAUAUCUGCCUUAUAACUGCCGACCCUCAACGAGCAGUGAAAGAUGUCAUUGCCGACGAGGCAUUCCCCAAAUCUCUAUCCUCCCGAAUUACAAAAGUCAUUGGCCUCACCAAACUAAAGGAGCGAUAUAAGAGCUUUGAAAGCAGGCGCAUGCUAUUAUCGGAGCAUGAUGUAUUUCUAGCAGACGAUCGGAUCAUACUACGAUUGAUUAAGACUCUGGGAAAGACCUUUUUCAAGUCGAAUAAGAGGCCGAUUCCGGUCCGCAUCGAAGAAAUUCAGAAAGCAAAUGGGAAAAGGUUGAAGAAAGAUGACAAGAAGAGACCUCCACCAGGUGAAAAAUACGCCGCCGUGGCGUCACCCGAAAUUGUUGCCAGAGAGAUAGAAAAGACCCUCGAUUGUAUCCCUGUACACCUGGCGCCGGCUACAACUGCGGCUAUUAAGGUUGGAACUUCGCGAUUUACUCCUCAGCAGAUCACGGAAAAUAUUGAGGCGGUAGUAAAAGGAAUGACUGAUAAAUUUGUCACGAAAGGAUGGAGAAAUGUCAAGGCCAUUCACGUAAAGGGGGCGAAUACCGUUGCUAUGCCCAUUUGGCUAGCGAGUGAACUUUGGUUGGAAGACAGCGAUGUUCGUGAAAAUGAAGAACAAAGUGAAGUUAAAGCGAUCGAGGGCUCUAAGAAGUCAGAUAAGAAGAGAAAAGCAGUCAAGGCAGCCGACGAUUCAAACUCAAAGAAGCGCAAGGUCACGGAGGACGAUGGUGAGGCAGAACUGAUUGCCUCGAGAAAACACAAACUUAAGAUGCAAAAAGCAAAGGCACGGUCGGAGAGCUGAUUGUCGGAUUAGUAGGGUUCCCGAUGUGACACGUCUAUAUUUUGCGAAAGCUACGAAGGGGAUCUUGCAAUUGUUUGAGGGAUCUUGACGAGGACAGGCUUUCGGAUUUGUUUUGAUGUAUGGCGUUCAGAGUCUGAGAC